AUGGGGACAUUUGUGUACAGCAGCAGCUGCCUUUCUUGGAAAAAUCUGAGCAGACAGGUGAAUCCCUCGCACCAUGUGGUUCCUCGUGGUGUUCCAGAAAAAGGGUGUUCAAGAAUUAAAACUGUUGCUUGUUCUAAAGAAGAUGCUCGUAUGAAUCAGGAUUGUGAGAUAUCUGCUGGCUCAUUGAACAGGAGGUCAGCUAUUGUAUCUAGUGCUUCUUUGAUUUCAUCAGUACUGCUUGGUUUUCCUGGAGAGGGAUCUGCUGUAAUUAAACAAGGCCUCCUAGCAGGGAGAGUUCCUGGACUUUCUGAACCAGAUGAAGAAGGUUGGAGGAAAUACCGAAGACCGGAUGACAAGUCAGGUGGACAUGGUGUUGGAUGGAGUCCUAUGAUUCCUUAUACUUUUUCCGUGCCUGAUAAAUGGGAAGAGGUCCCUGUGUCAAUUGCUGAUCUAGGUGGUACAGAGAUUGACUUGAGAUUCGCGAAUCCCAAAGAAGGGAGAGUCUUUGUAAUUGUUGCUCCUGUUAAAAGAUUUUCAGAUGAUAUUGGUGAAGAAGCUACCAUAGAACAAAUUGGACCUCCAGAUAAAGUGAUUAGCGCAUUUGGGCCUGAAGUCAUUGGAGAGAAUGUUGAAGGUAAAGUCUUAAGAUCUGAAGUAGCAGAGCAUGAGGGAAGAACAUAUUACCAGUUUGAAUUAGAGCCACCACAUGUAAUGAUCACAGCAACAGCUGCUGGAAAUCGCCUAUACUUGUUCAAUGUUACUGGAAAUGGUCUUCAAUGGAAAAGGUAUUACAAAGAUUUGAGAAAGAUUGCUGAGUCUUUCAGGGUUGUCUGAUUGGCACAUUGACCCCAUGUGUGAUAGCACCUUAGCAGAAGUGGAAUACACGAAGAAGAGUUGGUCACUAUAAUCACAAAUACUUACAAGAAGCUACAUCACCUCUAGUAGUAUAUACAGUUAGAUCUAUGAGAGGAGAGUUUCCUCUAGAUUGAGUUUUGUAGCAAAUUUUAGUUACCAAUGAUUAUUGUAAACUGUUUACCUUACCAAUAUUACAAGUCUUCAGAAGGCACCUCUUCUGGAUAGAUUGC